GUCUGGUAUCGCACCAGUGUCUACAACAACUAGAAUGAUAAGCUUUUAUCAAUGGUAUUACCAAUUCUAGAAAAAGUUCCAUAAGCAAUAUUGAUUGCCUGCCGAGCGCAUAGUUCCCAUUUGAAAGUCGAACAGAAUGUCUGUCCAUAGUUGGUUACACUACAGCCACGGCUCCUUGCCGCAAGACGCCGUUGCUGCUGGUCAUGACUCCGAUGGCGAUACCAUAUUUAUCGGGCGUGCCUUCUACAACAACGACAUGUUGCCAGCAAAGAUCAUACCGAACAAGGGCAAGGCCUACGUGGCUUAUGCCGGCCAUGAGGUGGAGCUGGAGAACUAUGAAGUGCUAAGUGGUCACAACUAUGUGUGGUUACCCGGUGCAAAUGGCGAAGUGCCAAUCGGUGCCGUUCCAGUGGGUCGCAAUGUGGAUGGCGAGGAAUUGUAUGCCGGACGCGGCUACCAUGGCGGCAGCCUAACAGUGGGCAAGGUACAUCCCUCACAUGGCUGCCUGUACAUACCCUACGACUCGGAGGAGGUCAAGAUCUUUGAGUACGAGGUUCUGUCGCGCCUCAUGCGAUAAGCGUUUGUUAACAAAUGUUUUUACAUAGGUAGAUUUUGUACAAUAAACUGAAACUUUUAUAGAA